UAUUAUCGACCUGUUGCUGACGCAAUAUAAAACGUUUUCCCCCCCUCAUUGGACCAAUACGUUCAUCCAGUUGUUUAUAAUAUUCCGGUCAAAGUGGCGGGGAAUUAGUUGUAGAAUCGCUUCGGUCUCUCUAUAACGCGUGACAGAUGUGACGAAAUUUAUUCACUGUUACAAGAGAUACAUAACUGAAAUAAAAGAUGACACGUGAAAGUGAUAAUGAGCCAGCAUUCUAUGUUGUUCAAUUCCUUGAUGAGCCUUUUGAAAGUAUUGAUGAAUACGUUUGCGUGCCGUGUACGUGGCUGAUAGUACCUCCCUUGAAGAGUGACAGGGUCGUUGUUGCGUACCCUGAAAACGAAGAUCCUUUUUUUACAAGAGAUCGCGUGAAGAGGAAGGAGAGAUGCGAUAAUGAGUGGAAAUUUUAUAUGGCUACUGUCAAACAUAAAUCAUAUUCUUACACAGAUGCACAGAGUUGGAUCGCUAUGAGAAAUGAUUAUGGACCUUUGGUUAAAGAAGAAUCAAGAGUAACAGAUAAGCAACCAAAGUUUCCGGUGAAUAAGGAACUGCGCAGUGCCUAUCAACCAAAAAGAUCACGUCCCACGAAAAUGGAAAGAAAUCUGGCCAUUGACGCACAGACUCCAUCGAAUUCAAUCGACCAAACCAGACAUUUGUCGACGCGUUCAGUACAACAACCAAUAGUGGUUGGUCAUAAUAAAUCUCAAAAUGAUUCACGAGUUUUAGGAACGCACACUGAAAAUAGCAGAGACCGAACAGCUCCGCUCAGAAGCAUCGGAAUGACCUCUCAAGAAAUUCAUAGACCUAGAAUUAAUUUGGAAACAUCUACCGAUUUGGCUGUUGUUGAACUAGACACAGAGGGCAACACUUACGAUCAUCGACUUACAUCUCAAAAUAUCAAUAUGAGGACUCCAUCAGAUAGAAAAAAUUCAACACACCUUUCAAAUCUAACGUAUCAGACUCCCGAACUUGCACAACAGAGACAGAUGCAACCAAAUCAGGUGGAUUCACAGCAGAGACCAAAACUCCGUAUUGUCAGCUCUAAAAAUCCUAAAAACAGAAAUCGAAAGUCUUCUCUCCAAGGAGUCACAAAGACACCACCACCAUCUAUUAUCAAACCAAUACGAGAAACAUUAUCAGUCACUCAUAAUGACAUUCUUUUGAAUAAUCCACAACUGCAAGCAAGAAUGAGUCCACGAUCUACUGGAAAUAACAAUGUAGACUUGACAAAUACCCCGCAGAAUAUCAUAGCGUCAGAUACAAGUGACAGACAAAACUCAGAAAUUCCUAUUCUUCCAAUCUACCAACCUUCUAGAAAACAACAUACAACAGUUCAUGCUAACGGAUAUCAAAACUUAUGCACGCAGAAACAGUUGGUUAACCAAUCUACACAAAUGAAUUCAAAGCCAAAACGCGUUCACUAUAUGGAUGACGGUGCUAGAUCAUCUGUGACCGGAAGUCAUCUUAACGUCAUGGAGAAUGCGAGUCAAAGAGACGAGUACAUUGUAAAAGAAUCUCGGUCACCGUAUCAUGUAGUACCUUCAGAUUCCGAUGCUGUUAGGGAUCAUGAAGAAGUUUCAGAUUGCGACAGGGCUGCAGAUGAAUCACCUGUCGAGAGAACGGACAAUGUUUAUGGCACUGCUAAUGAUCCUAGACAUGAUUCUGCAGAUAGGCCGACAGCUGACCAAAACUCUACGUCAACGAAUCACCAGACGCAUUCGAGAUUUAUUUUAGAGCAGCAAAUGUUGGACAACUUUGCUAUCCUCUUUACUGGAAUGGACUCUACUCUGCGUCAUACGACUGAUAUGUACAAUACCUUACGGAGUUCAAUCCUCGAUAUUGCCAAGACAUAUAAAAAGUUACUGGGUUCCGUCGAACAAUUUAACACAGCUGCUAAUGAUCCUAGACAUGAUUCUGCAGUUAGGCCGACAGCUGACCAAAACUCUACGUUAACGAAUCACCAGACGCAUUCGAGAUUUAUUUUAGAGCAGCAAAUGUUGGACUACUUUGCUAUCCUCUUUAUUGGAAUGGGCUCUACUUUGCGUCAUACGACUGAUAUGUACAACACCUUACGGAGUUCAAUCCUCGAUAUUACCGAGACAUAUAGAAAGUUUUUGGGUUCCGUCGAACAAUUUAACACAGCUGCGGGAAACACAGCUAGCAGCGCCUCUCCUUCGAGCAACUUAACACGUGAAGGUUCACGGUCACCUGAAGAAACACACACUGAAGUAACUGCGAGUGCCAGUUCUAGUUAUCAAGAUCAACAUAGAAUUGAUGUUGCUAACAAAACGCUGAUAAAGAAAAACGAAAAGUUGUACCGGGUCGUUCUACCACCGGAAUAUGAUGCUGAUGAUACAAGAUGGACAUUGAAGAAUCAAAAAAAACUGCCAAGACUCGUUGAACUUAUGCCCCAAAGUGGUGUUUACGUCAGCCCCAGAAACCUCAAUAACUGUCAGCAAGUAUCGAAAGAUUGCAAAUCAUUAGCUCGUAGAUUAUUACCAGAAGUCUUCAGCAGAAAUGCACUGAGUGUUUGUUCAUCAUUGACUGAGACAUGGCUUGCUUCUAAUAAUGAGUAUCUUCUCUGUAGGCCAGAAUUAGAUAAGCAUGCGUGUUCGGUACUGUUAAAUUUUGUUUUUGAGUAUGGAAUCCGAUGUGGUUGGAAUACUGAUCUACAACCUAUCCUCAGAGCCUUACACAGUGAGAUACAAAAGAUUCGGUUCAAAUAUGGUGUAAUGGUUGAAUGUUAACAACACAGAGUGAGCCAAGUAGAGAAAAUCCUUCAAUGUGCAAGUACUGCCCGCACUAAACCGACCAAGUCGAGCAAUCAAGCUCCCAUGGAACCAUUGAUGCUCCUCCAUCAAUGCAUCAAACCAACACUGAAGCAUCUAUAGGCAAGAUUCUCAACCCUGCAAUCCUUAUGAACCACUUGAUACAAAGAGAAGAACACUGAAUGAAAUCGCAGCCUACGCUUGGCGCUUUUUAAUGGAAUUUUUUCAGAAAGAUUGGAACGAACGCGGUUUAGGCCCAGUGUUUUUUGCACUAUGCGGGAGAAGUAAAGACGAGGGGUUUUUUAUCAAUGUUUAGAGUCUUAAAAAGGAUUUCCCUGUCGUAAAAAAGAUAAAAACAAAAACGUACAUUAUUAUGAUGUAAGUAUAGCCAUUCAAUAAUUCCAAAUUAUUGAGUCUUAGAAUUUGAAAAUUAGAGUAACUAAUAUUAUUAUUAUGAUAUUAUUUCGGAAUCAUGGGUUACACUUAAUAGUCAUCAUUAAUAGUUGUAAUUUUAAUUUAUGUACCUAAUAUUUCUGUUAGAAUUAUACCUCUAACAUCUAAUGAUAAAUCAUCUAAUAAAUUUUAUAUCAGUGAAA